UCCACGUGAAGGAGUCCCGGCACACAGACCGGCGGCUCGCGCGCACGGAGACAGAGGACCAGGGGACGCACGAGCAGGACGCACCGCGCAACAGGAGUUUAUUAUCCAGAUGAUAGAGGAGACACUUUCCAAACUUUCAAAUUUUAUUUUUUGAAGAAGCGAGACAGCAGCUGGUGGACACGCGGAGGACAGGAAGGUCCCCGCCGCCCAGUCCGCCCCGGACGCGCCCGGACCCGCCCGGCACCAGCCGGCACCGCCUGGACCCGCAGCCCGAGCCGGCACCGCACGGCCCGUCAGCACCUAGUCCGUACUGCCGAGGAGCUGGUGUGCAGGAUGCAGCAGACAGCAGUGAGUAUGUGUGUGAGCGUGUGUGUGGGUGUGUGUGUGAGUGUGUGUGUGCUGCUGGGGGGGGCAGCAGGAUACAGCCUGGACCAGGACCACAGCCUGGAGUUCAGCGGGCCACACGGUGCUCUGUUCGGCUACUCUGUGCUGCUGCAUCGCCACGGCAACAAGAACUGGUUGCUGGUUGGAGCUCCGAUGGCGAACUCCUCCUCCAGUCCGUCGGUUCGAGCUCCAGGAGCCGUUUACCACUGCAACGUCACCGCCAGCCCCCAACGCUGCCAGCCCAUACACACAGAUAUGGUUAACUGUGGGAAGACAUGUGAAGCAGAGAGUGACAACCAGUGGCUGGGAGUCAGUCUGUCCAGACAGCCUGGAAAUGGGCACAUACUGGCAUGUGGUCACCGGUGGAAGAAUGUCUUCUAUUCUAAGAGAGACAUUCAGAACAAUAAACUUCCUAAUGGCGUCUGCUAUCGCUAUGGAAACGACUUGAAACGGCCCCAGGCCAUAAUACCCUGCUAUAGAGACCACCAGAAGAAGUUUGGAGAGGAUUAUGGGUCGUGUCAGGCCGGCAUUUCCAACUUCCUGACAGAGGAUCUGAUCAUCAUGGGAGCUCCGGGUUCGUCCUACUGGACCGGCUCGGUUCUGGUCUUCAACACGUCCAGCAGAGCCAUGGCAGCUUACCUGGACGACGACACUGCCGCCGUGGAGUUCGGCAGCUACCUGGGUUACUCUGUUGGAGCUGGUCACUUCCUGCAUCCUGCUUCGUUGGAGGUGGUGGGCGGAGCUCCGCAACACAGCCAGACCGGCAAGGCCUUCGUCUUCACAGUGGAAGGCAACAUUUUGCGGAUUGUCUCCGAGGUGGCAGGAAGUCAGCUGGGAUCGUACUUCGGCUCCAGUGUGUGUGCGGUGGAUCUGAACGCUGACGGUCUGUCCGACCUGUUGGUCGGCGCUCCCAUGACAACCAGCACCACAGCAACAGGCGUCGCCAGGGAGGAGGGAAGAGUCCAUGUGUACAUCAACCUGGGAGAGGCCAAGCUGCAGGAGGCAGAGUUCCAGCUGACCGGCCGCGACGCCUACGCCGCCCGCUUCGGGGAGUCCAUCGCCGACCUGGGAGACCUGGAUGACGAUGGUUACCACGAUGUGGCGGUUGGUGCUCCACAGGAAGAGGACCUAAGGGGGGCAAUCUACAUCUACAACGGCAGAAAGGAAGGAAUCACACAGACACCGUCACAGAGGAUCAGCGGCUCCUCCCUCGGUCGUGAACAUCUCAGGAUGUUCGGCCAAUCAUUGAACUCAGGCAUCGACGUCGAUGACAACGGCUACCAAGAUGUGGCAGUCGGUGCUUUCCUCUCGGACUCGGCUGUGGUUCUCAGAACCCGUCCCGUGGUUCAGGUCGUGGCAUCGCUGCUGUUGCCAGGUCAGAUUGACCGCCAGGUGGCUCUGUGUGGCAACGAGGCCGCUCCGAUUGCCUGCAUCAACGUCACCGUCUGCUUCAGCGUCCAAUCGAAACAGUUCAGAGGAGCUAUCGAUCUCCAGUACAAUCUGACAUCUGACCUCCUUCACAAGCCCUUCUUCCCCCAUCGUUUUUAUUUCCAUGGAAACGGAACAUCCAACAGGACAAGAGGGCGGGUCCGAGCUCAACGUGACCAGCUGACUUGUAAAACACACCUGGCUUUCAUGAGGAAAGAGGUGCGGGACAUUUUCACUCCAGUCCAGUUUGAGGUUUCCUACGCCCUCAGAAACCUGAACACCCACAAGCCAUCUUCGGGAGCCUUUCCUCCAUUAAAGCCCAUUUUGCAGCAGACCGCAGAACAUCGCAACAUCAUCACUAAUCAGACUCAGUUCGCUCGCUCUUGUUCUCUGGUUAACUGUUCCACCAACCUGCAGCUGUCAGCUCAACUUGUGCUGCCACAGAAGCAGCAGUUCUUUGCGUUGGGAUCAGGCAGGACGAUCCAGUUGAACGUGUCACUGCUGAACUCAGGAGACGAUGCCUUCCUGCCGCGCCUGCUGCUGCGUUUCCCCGGCAACAUCCACUACAUCAAAGUACUGGAAAAUGAGGACAAUAUGCUGAACUGUGAUGUCACAGAGAAAGUCAACAGCACGUUGGUGGGCGUCGACUGCGGUGUCUCCAGCUUCCUCUUACCUGCACACACACAGCUGAACGUCAGCUUCCUAUUGGACGUCAGCCCGAACAGCACACCUGGUGACAUCAUCAUCUCUGUCAACACCAGCAAUGACAACUAUGAGAGGGAGGAGUAUCUCCAUGACAACGCUGUCAGUCUGCCUCUUCCUCUGCGGUACGGAGUCGACGUCAACAUCCACGGUUUUGUGACUCCCACCUCCUUCGUGUUUGGUGAUGAGGACUCGACUCCAGUCGACUGCUAUCCGGAGAAAUUCAACUACACUUACAAGGUGUUGAACUCUGGUCCCAGCAGGUCUGUGGACACAGUGGUGGAGGUCCAGCUGCCCAAGUCUCUGUCCCCCCACAGACACAGACUGCUGCAUCUGGCAGACUGGCAGUCGUCUCAGGGUGUGUGUUCUCUCAGUGACAGCAGUGUGUCGGUGGUGGAGGACUGUGACGUUCCCAAAGCUUCUUUCAUCAAACAGCUCAUCUUCUUCUUCUCCUCCACCUCCACCCGCAGAAUGUUCUGUAGCCGUGACGAUGAGCUGUGUGAGCGGUUGGUGUGUCGUCUUGGUAACCUGGAGCCCAGCAGAGAAGUUACAAUACAACUGGAGAUCAGAGUGAACCCUGCUGUGCUGCUGCAGUCCCCGGGUCGUCAUGGCAUCAUGCAGUUGGAGAGCACAGCUGUCCUGGUGUCUCCCAGAGAAGAUCCUCGCAUCAUCCUGGUCCAGAAACGCCCGCCAGCUCAGGUGGUGGUUGAGGCUCAUUUUACCCAGAAGCCCUCAGCAGUGGUAAAAGUCUUCAUCAUUAUCAUCAGUUUAGUUCUGGGUCUAUUGAUCCUGGCUGCUCUCAUCUACUGCCUGUGGAAGGCUGGUUUCUUUAAGAGGGAGUUCCAGAAGGAGGAGUAUAAGAGAGACAGCUGGGACUACGUUCCUAAACUCGACAAGACAGAGAGCACUUCCUAACACAACCUCUGACCUGUGAUCUGUGACCUUUGACCUCUGACCUCUGACCUGGGUGACGGAUGAUGGAGGAAGUUUUCCCAGAACUGAGGAAGGACAAAAAAGGGAAAUGCUGAAACCACUAAAAACUCCUUGACCAAUCAGAGAGCUUCUUCUGAAGUGACAUCACACGUGACAUCACCGAUAGUGCGACCUUCACUCUGACUCCUCUUGGAGAAAAGCAGAAGGAAGUGACCUGCUGGUGACCUUUGACCCCAGGGGGAGCAGACCCUGGGCUCUGAUUGGCUCCUGAGCCUUCUGCUGUUCUGAAGAACAUCCCGUCUCCUGCUGCAGGGGAUUAUGGGAAAAUGUGUUUUGCCCUUUAGCCUGCUGAGCGAGACUCUGAUGCACUGAUGAUGUCACACACACACACACACACACACUCACACACACACACACACACACAGGGCAGACUGUUGUCCUCUUUGCUGAUUGCUUGAGUAAUUUGCUGAUCAGGAUUGUUUAAUAGGCAACUUAUUGGGCAACUCAGACGGGUAACUGACUUGACAACAGGCAACUGGGUGGACCACAGGGUCAGACAGACAGGUGGCAACUGUCUGGGUGCUUCAUGGCAACUAGUUGCUGUUAAGGGAUAAAAACAACUGCAGCGUUGCCCAACAGUGUGUGAAAGUUGGUGCUACCAGAGCAACUUAUUGAGGCAACGUUUCCAGAGUAUUUAUUACAACUGUUUAAUUAAAAAUACUUUUAAAAAGAUCAUUUCUUAUUUAGACAGAAUCCACAACAAGGUUUUCAUUAAAAAAAAAAAAAAAAGGUGCAUUGUCUGCGAACGCAAUUAUUUGUCAGAUCUCUUCAUGGCAACUUGCUGCUGUUAAGGGAUAAAAACAACUGCAGUGUUGCCCAACAGUUGUCUGGUGUGUGAAAGUUGGUGCUACAAGAGCAACUUAUUGAUGCAACAUUUCCAGAGCAUUUACUACAGCUGUUUAUUAAAUCUGCAUUUAAAAACAUUAUUCACCACAAGGCUGUCUUCUGCUGAGAAAUGAGCUGGAUCGUCUGCAAACAUGAUUGUUUUUCAGCAGCAGAGCACCUUGGAGUGCACUGUCCCGCUCAUCACACCACUUGUAGCGCUGUCUCCAUAGCAACGUCUGACGUAAGAGCAAAGCCUACAACACGCAGCAGCUAGCUUGCUAACAUUAGCCUACAACACACAGCAGUUAGCUUGCUAACAUUAGCCUACAUCACACAGCAGCUAGAUUUCAUCAAUAAAGAGCAUUCAUUUGAGAUGAACAGGUACGGUGAUGAGGUCACUGCUUGACGACGACCUCGACAACGGUCUGUUAUUUAGAAAUGACCAACUGCAGAAUGUCUUAGUUGACCAAACAGAUUCAAGUAUUCAACAUAGCCGUGUAAUAUUUCUACUAAUGCCACCGAGUCAACCAGCUGGGUUUGGUUUGAAAAGCCAAGCCGCUAACAGCUGCGUGUUUGGCCCACCAUGCUUCUCCUCCUCACAGCUUUGCUGUCGUCUUGAACGAAGACAACAGAUCAAACUAAUGGAGGUGAUUCUGCUGGUAAACUGAUCUCAGAGCAGCCAGCUGCAUGUUUAACGUGCGCCUGUGUUAGCUUCUUGCUUCAAAACAAUCAAGAACAUAAAACUGUCCAGGAUUUAGAUCCCAGACUGGGACAGGGAGGAGGAUGUGGAUUCCAGAUUUGGACGAAAGCUUGUAGUCAACAUCAUACCUGACGUCUGAGGUCAGUGUUGAUGUGAUGAGGAAGAAAAGAGGGACCCUGUUUAACCUCCGUCCUGAUCUGCUCUCAGCUCAGGUGUGAGCAGUAGCAGUGUGUCCUCAGUGUGUCGCAGGACACAGUCAGAGGCCAGGGACGCUUUUGUCCACAUGGCAUCAGAGGUGUAAACAGCUGGUCAAUGAAGAAAAACACAAACUGUCCACCUGCAGGGGGCGCACCUGCUGCUGCUGUUACACACCUGCUGCUGCUGGUGCACCUGCUGCUGUUAUACACCUGCUGCCUGUUAAAUGACUUUUUAUUUGUACUGUUUGUGUGGAAGGAGGACUGGCAAAGUAAGAAUUUCAUUGUGCAUUGUAACCGCUUUGCUGUGAACAUGACAUCACAGCCUCUCUCUGUCUGAAAUGAUGUGUGUUCCUCUGCGUACAGAGCAGGAAGGUGAGCUCUGAUCACAGGUGAGACACAGGUGAGACUGAUGUUACUGCCAGGUGUGAGCGGGCAGACUGUCAGCUGUCAACGUGUGUUCAGAUCAGCAGACACAGUUUGGCAGCAGGUGGAGGUGGAGUGAUGUGGCCAGUAGAGGGCAGCGCAGCAGCCAUUUCUGCCCCAUGUGACUGUGUUACUCUUUAAUGUGUCUGCUGGGUUUGUCCCCCUCUACACAACAAAUUGAUGUCAUUGCUGAAAUAAGAAAGGUGUGGCUGUGUUUUGCUGUAAAAAAGUGACAAAAUGUUUUUUUGUUUGUUUAAUUUAUGCAAGUCUGCACUGGAAUGGAAAUGAUGCCUCAAAGCUUUUAUCAAUGCUUUUUUUAAUUAAAAUAAUGAUUUUCUA